GUGACAGCACAAGCCCAAAAACAUAAACAAAUUACUUUCAUCAAUAACAUGGAUACAAUCAAUAAUAUUAGGAAAAAUCAAUAGCUUAUAUUCCCGACUUACUACGUACGUUAUUUAACCAAGCCAAACCAUGUUACUAAAAAGAAAUGUACUCGAAGAUUUGACUAUAAUAUCGUGUGGCGGCGCACUCAUCUGUAUAAUUCUUAACUAUGUCACAAAUAUUUCUCCUAUAACCGGAAUAUGGUUUCAUUUAUAUUUAAUUUCAGUCUUCGUAAUAUCUGUGCUGUUUAGCUUUAAAUUUAUUCAGUGGCUGUUACAUCUGAACAAACCGAUAAAAUAUGAUUUAGAGGGAUUGGUAAAAAAAUAUCCGAGACUUUCUUUUCUGACUGGAAUUCUUCCUCGAACUGAAAGAAAGAUAUAUAAAGAACCGAAAGAAUAUGACAUUAAUGAGCUCAGUAUUAUAUCAACGGUAUUGGAGAGGAAAUUGGUAUCAUCAUGGUACAUGGCAUAUAUUUCGCCAGAAAUUGGUUUCCCGUUUGCUUGCAAACAAAUGUUGGAUCAGAUGAUUAGCAAGACGUUUCAGAUAUGUGAAAAAGUUGACACUAAGGAUGUUUACGUUGACAUCUGUGCGGUACUAACAAGCCAUUUAAAAGAGUAUAGCAAAGCAUUAAAGAGGCAUGAAGAGUCACCUACAAGUUCCGUGGAAUCUUUGUACAAAAAAACACACCCUGUAUCCAAUGAUAAGAAAUAUGAAUCAGCAGAUCAUUGUGUAAAUUUACUGCGAGUUGUACUAAAGGAACUUAUUCCUUGGGAAUUAUGGGAUACACCACAAUCGGAAAUCCUAGUUAGGGUAUUAUCUAAAAAACUAGACAUUUUCAUCAAUAGUACAUUGGCAGAUCCCAGCUGGCUGAAUGAUAAAUUACUCUCAAUGAUAAAGGAGAAAAAAGAAGAAAAUACUGAGUCGCCAGCUCCAGAAGAAUGUGAAUCAAAAGUUAUUCCUGAAGAAAUAUUUACUGAAAUAAAUCCAUUAUUCUGUAAUGUAGAGUCUCCAUCCGAUGAAAUUUCAUUCCAAAAAGGAUUAGAAGGAGUAGACGAGUUUCAAGAGAGAAUGGAGAGUAUUGUAGAAGAGAAGGCAAUGCAGAGUUCAGAGCCAAUGGACAUCAAAUCAUCACCAAUACUAAGGCAGAGACGGGGGAGGCAAGGAAAAAAUGAAGUCAAGAUUUACGAUAGAGUAAUUGAAGGGAGUAUGAAGACCUGGGAGACUGACAUGGAUCUGCAGUGCAUCAGCCUGGGGCAGGACCUCCUGGCUAGCUUGGAUGGGGAGAUCACCCUCAGUCGGUUGUGGGGACAGGAUGUAGACCCUGAUGGCAGCCCUAAUCCACCCAGAGCUAAAUCACCACAGCCUUUUUGGUUCGGUGAAGAAGAUGCGAUAGAGUUAGAAUGUGGGGACAGCAGCCCUCAGAAGGCUGAACCGAGCCCCGUGAAGAAGGAAAGCAGCCCGAAGCCAGCUGAACUCCUCAAGGAUAUCCAGAGCACAGUGCACCACGCCAAGUCCAAGAUAGGCGACCUACAGGUCCCAUACACGUACAUAGAUGUGCCCCGCAACCGUUCCAGUGACGAGGCGGCGGGCAUGAUGGAGGGUCUACUGGACUUUGGCAUCGCGGGUAUCAAGAAAGGCCUGCGCUUCACCGGCCUCAGCGAUGACUCACAAGAGAAAUCUCCAUCGCAUCAAGCCAAGGAAAAAGCAUCAGAGAAGAUCUCUCCUCCGCAGGAUAUGGUCAGAAAGCCCAUACAGGAGCACAGGGACAUUGCGUCUGGAUACAAGGAAGAAAACGGCGCCGUACCACAUUUGGUGAAGCAACAUCGAGUGACGUCGCAGGAUAGCAUGCAGGUGCGGCGCGCGGGCAGCUGGCCGCCGCCGGAGCCGGGGUCGGAGUCCCCGGAGCCCGAGUACGAGGAGGCGGCAGACCUGUCCACUAGUAUCGCCAAACUGCGCUGUCUGCUGCAGCAGCGCGCGGAGACUGCGCACUACAGGUCUGAGGAGAUCUGGUGGGAGGGCGCGGAGGAGACGCGCGGGCGCACGCAGCAGCACCACUCCUCGCGACCCAUCGACACCGCCACGCUCGCAGAUGAGUAUGACAUGAACAUGGAGAGGAAUUCUUCGCCUGGACAAACAUCCAACAAUAUGCAGCGCUUGGACAAGUUGUUCCAACGGACAGUGACGGGCGUGUUCAACUCUAUAAAGACGGCUGUGGGCGCGGAGGGCGCGGAGGGCGCGGCGGGCGAGGGCGCGCCGCGGCCACGCGACUGGCACUAUGUGUGCACGUCGCCGGACCUCAGCGUGGGCGGCGCGGUGGCGCGGCUGGUGGGCGCGCGGCGGGCGCUGGGGCAGGUGGACGCGGCGCUGGACCCCCUGCAGCCCCCCGCCGCCGCGCCCGAGCCCGGCGUGCCGCCCGCUGACUUCGAGGAGUGGUGCAGCAGCGCGGGCGCGGGCUGGAGCGGCGCGUGCGCGCUGGCGGGCGCGGCGGGGCUGUGCCGCUCGCACGUCGCCUUCCGCCUCGCCACGCUGCUCUUUGCUGACCUAGCGGAAUCUCUGCUGGCGUCGUGGCUGGACGAGCUGGGCGCGUGGCUGCAUCAGCAGGUGUUCGCAGUCUUUCAGCAGUUAUCCGGCGAGGAGCUGGACCUGACCAGCAAGAAUGACCAGCUCCGUCCCCUGGAUAUUGACGAGACGUGCGCCGCUAUCAUGGCAGUCAUACCAGAAGUAUACGUGUUCAGCGAGGAGUCGAUGUCGGCUGCAGUGCGUCUGGCGGUGUCCAGCCUGGGGCACCAGGACCUCAACAAGGACCUGGUCUUCCGCACCCUGGACCUCCUGGUGGCGCGCUUCAAGCACGCCGCUGGCAUCAUCUCCACCUCCUUUGAUGCCAACUAAAAUACCAAGAUGUGAUACAGGAUGUCUCAAAACUAAAAGUUGUACAGUUUUAACACAUGCUGUAAAACUCCUAAAGAUCUAAGAUGUCAAGAAUUUUUUUAAAUCGUUAAAUGCUCUCUAAAUAUAUAAAUGAAAUAUUCAUUACUUCUUAGUCAAAUGAUCUCAUAUUCUAAGAAUCUUGGUUACUUUAUGUAUAU